AUGAAGGCUUUGUGUAUUUUAGCUGUUAUUGCGGCAUGCGUAGCUGGUCCUGCCCAUCGCUUCCUCCUAAGCAGUAGAAAUGUUUUCACUAAUAAUCAUCAGACAAAAUCACUGGAGGGUAAAACGAGUGAGUUGGAAUACAAGAUUACAAAUACCUGGGACAGCAUAAAGGUGAUGCAUGAGCCAGUGAUCAUCAGAUUUAAGGCAGGUGACCAAGGAUUAAUAAUGGAAGUGAAUUCCCUGUUCUUUGAUGACCCUUCUGCCCCAUCUGGUGAGCCAGGAAAGCCUUUUGAUGGACUCUGGGAUUACGAAGUUGUUGAAUCCUUUUUUCUGAAUAGUGAGACUAAAGACUAUCUAGAAGUGGAACUUUGCCCUAUUUGGAAAGAAGUAGGAGAUCCAACAGCAAAUGACCAGCCAGCUUUCCACAGACUACCAAAAGGACUUGACUUGAUAUUUAAAGCAGACAUAAACUGGAACAAAUGGAAUGGCACAGCACUUAUUCCUUGGAGGUAUUUCCCACCUGGUGUUGACAAGAUGAAUUCAUAUGCCAUCCAUGGGUCUGGGAUUGGAAGAACAUAUGAGGCACUUUAUCCAAUACCUAGAGAGGAUAUUGAACUGGGGCAGGGGCCUAAUUUCCAUCGUCUGGAGUAUUUCAAAAGGUUCAGUCUAAAGUGGAUUAUGGGAGAGAACUGGGAGCAACCUGCAUCAGACCUGUGGAAAUAG